AACCACAGAACCAAAUUACAUUAACACAAUUCAGAAACAUUGUGUUAAGAAAAAAAAUAUUCUGCUUCAUCCUCCUUUCAAAAAUCUUAAAAUCAAAAUUAAAAUUAAAAUCUGAUCAUCAGACUCAGUUUGCCUCCUUUACAAAGGAUUUUGUUAUGAUUGAAGAGCUUGGUUUUAGCGGCAUGGUUUGUUGUCGUUGUUGAAGAAGAGAAACUGCGGCGAGUGCGAAAUUAGAUUGUAGAGUGAUUUUUUUUGAUUUUUUUAUCCUUUAAGGAUGAAGAGGUCAAGAGAUGAUGUUUAUGUAACUUCAUCUUCUCAAUCUCAGCUUAAAAAGCCUAUGGUCUCUUCUCGUGGCGAAACUUCUGGGCAACCCCAGAUGAUGGGAGGAGGAGGAGGACCUAGUGGUGGUGUCGGUGGAGCCGGGCAGAAACUAACAACAAACGAUGCCUUGGCGUAUCUUAAGGCUGUGAAGGAUAUAUUUCAAGAUAAAAAGGAUAAAUAUGAAGACUUUCUUGAGGUCAUGAAGGAUUUCAAAGCACAAAGAAUUGAUACAGCAGGUGUCAUAGCCAGGGUAAAGGAUUUAUUUAAAGGGCAUCGUGACCUAAUUUUAGGUUUCAAUACCUUCUUGCCUAAGGGAUAUGAGAUCACCCUCCCCCUAGAAGAUGAACCACCUCUGCAGAAAAAGCCUGUUGAAUUUGAAGAAGCAAUUAGUUUUGUGAACAAAAUUAAGAUGAGGUUUCAAGGUGAUGAUCAUGUUUACAAAUCAUUUUUAGAUAUUUUGAAUAUGUACAGGAAAGAAAAUAAAUCCAUCACGGAAGUCUACCAAGAGGUUGCUGCUCUUUUUCAAGACCAUAGUGAUCUGCUCAUGGAGUUCACUCAUUUCCUACCUGAUGCUUCAGCUACAGCCUCUGCUCACUAUGCUCCAUCUGGUAGGACAUCCAUUCAUCGUGAUAGGAACUCUGCCAUGCCCACAAUGCGCCAAAUGAAUAUAGAUAAGAAAGAAAGAAUGACUGCUUCUCACGCCGAUCGUGACUUCAGUGUCGACCGCCCUGAUCCAGACAAUGAUAAAUCUUUGAUAAGAUCAGACAAAGAGCAGCGAAGGCGAGGUGAAAAAGAGAAGGAGAGGAGGGAAGAUCGAGAUAGGAGAGAAAGGGAACGAGAAGAUAGAGAUUAUGAGCAUGAUGGCAGUCGUGAUCUCAACAUGCAGCGGUUUUCCCACAAACGGAAAUCUGUGCGUAGGCCUGAAGAUUUGGCUGCUGAUCAUCAAGGUGGGGAUGGGGAUGAAAACUUUGACAUGCAUCUUGUUUCAUCCACAUAUGAUGAUAAAAAUAAUGUGAAAAAUGCUCUAAGUCAAGAGUUCACUUUCUGUGAGAAAGUGAAGGAAAAGUUGCAAAAUAAUGACGAUUAUCAGGGAUUUUUGAGGUGCCUUCACCUGUAUACAAAAGAAAUAAUCACAAGAGCAGAGUUGCAAUCCUUGGUAAAGGAUUUAAUUGGAAAACAUCAAGAUCUUAUGGAUGGCUUCAAUGAAUUUUUGGCACGUUGUGAAAAGAACGAAGGUCUACUAGCUGGUAUUGUGAGUAAAAAAUUCCUGUGGAAUGAAGGUAGUUUUCCCAGGCCUGUGAAGCUAGAAGACAAGGAUAGAGAUCGUGAACAUGAGGGGGAAGAUGCGAUUAAAGAUAGAGAACGUGAAACACGGGAAAGGGAUAGACUUGACAAAAAUAUAGCUUUUGGGAAUAAAGAAAAUGGGGGUCACAAAAUGUCUCUGUUUCCCAGCAAAGAUAAGUUUUUGUCAAAGCCUAUUAACGAGCUUGACCUAUCUAAUUGUGAGCGUUGCACUCCUAGCUAUCGACUUCUACCAAAGAAUUAUCCCAUCCCUUCAGCAAGUCAGAGGACAGAACUUGGUGCUGAAGUGCUGAAUGACCAUUGGGUUUCUGUCACUUCAGGAAGUGAAGAUUACUCUUUUAAGCACAUGCGCAAAAACCAGUAUGAAGAAAGCCUGUUCCGCUGUGAGGAUGACAGGUUUGAGCUAGACAUGUUGCUGGAGUCUGUGAAGGUAACGACUAAGCGCGUGGAAGAACUUUUGGAAAAGAUAACCAGUAACACAAUAGGUGGUCCAAUUAACGUUGAGGAGUACUUAACAGCUUCAAAUGUGAGGUGUAUUGAGCGUUUGUAUGGUGAUCAUGGGCUUGAUGUGAUGGACGUAAUGAGGAAGAACACUGCUCCUGCUUUGCCGGUUAUACUAACUCGUUUGAAGCAGAAACAAGACGAAUGGCAAAGAUGUCGUGCUGACUUUAACAAAGUUUGGGCUGAUAUUUAUUCUAAGAACUAUCACAAGUCACUUGAUCAUCGUAGCUUUUAUUUCAAGCAGCAGGAUACUAAGAGCUCGAGCACAAAAGCGUUGCUGGCCGAGAUAAAAGAAAUUAGUGAGAAGAAGCGAAAAGAAGAUGACGUGCUUCUUGCUUUUGCUGCUGGGAACAGACGACCUAUUUUACCAAAUCUGGAAUAUGAGUACCUAGACCCUGAAAUUCACGAGGAUUUAUAUCAGCUUAUUAAAUUCUCCUGUGGAGAAGUUACCGAACAACAGUCAGACAAAGUGAUGAAGAUUUGGACAACCUUCUUUGAACCCAUGCUUGGUGUUUCUUCUCGGCCUCAGGGUGCAGAGGACACAGAAGAUGCUGUGAAGGCAAAGAACCACUCCUCCAAAAGUGGAGAUAGUGAAGGCAACCCUAUUUGUGGUGGUGCUAUAGUCAUCAAUAAGCAUUCAAAUCUUUCUAGGAAUGGAGAUGAAAGCAUCCCAGCUGAGCAAUCCAGUUCUUGCCGAACUUGGUUGCCAAAUGGAGAUAAUGGGAAUAAAGAAAAUGGUUCUCCAGAUGUAGAUCAAAUUCCCCGCAAGGGUGAUACUUCCUGCAGUACAGUUCAACAUGACAAAAUGCAGAAUAAUUUAGCCUCAGCUGAUGCAACAUCAAUAGUUGGUAAACAAACUACUUCCAAUGAACGAUUGGUUAACUCGACCACAUCACUUCCGACUGGAGCAGAGCUAAGUAAUGGAAGAACUAACAUGGAAUCAGGGAUUUGCAACUCUCAAUCAAGAUUAAGCAAUGGUGCCCUUACCGGUGGGCUUGGAUUAGGUUUAAGCAAUGAAUGUUUACCGUCGGCGGAGGGUGAUGAGUUUUUAAGACCUGAUAUAUCUGCAAAUGGGCAGACUACAGAAGACACAAAGGGUCAGAGUUAUAAUGAUGAACCUGCUGCCCAAUUCAAAAUUGAAAGGGAAGAGGGUGAGUUAUCUCCAAAUGGAGAUUUUGAGGAGGACAAUUUUGUAGCCUAUGGAGAGGCUGGUAUUGAGGCUGCGCACAAGGCAAAGGAAAGUUCUGCAAACAAGCAAUAUCAAACAAGACAUGGUGAAGAAGUAACAUGUGGAGAGGCAGGAGGAGAAAAUGGUGCUGAGGCAGAUGAUGAAGGUGAUGAGAGUGCUCGCAGGUCUUCAGAAGACAGUGAGAAUGCCUCUGAGAAUGGUGAUGUUUCUGGAAGCGAGUCUGGUGAUGCUGAAGAUUGUUCUCGGGAGGAGCAUGAGGAAGAUGUAGAACAUGAUGAGCAUGAUAAUAAAGCCGAAAGUGAAGGUGAGGCAGAAGGGAUGGCUGAUGCCCACGAUGUUGAAGGAGAAGGAAUGGCGUUGCCCUUUUCAGAACGAUUUCUUUUAAAUGUGAAGCCUCUGGCAAAGCAUGUACCACCAGCAUUGCUUGACAAAGAAAGGGGUUCGCGUGUUUUUUAUGGAAAUGAUUCAUUCUAUGUGCUUUUUAGGCUUCACCAGACAUUGUAUGAGAGAAUACAAUCAGCAAAAAUAAAUUCGUCAUCUGCUGAAAGGAAAUGGAGAGCGUCAAAUGAUGCAAGUCCUACUGAUCUUUAUGCCAGGUUUAUGAGCGCUCUUUUCAAUUUACUUGAUGGUUCAUCAGAUAAUACAAAAUUUGAGGAUGAUUGCCGCGCUAUUAUUGGAACCCAAUCAUAUGUUUUAUUCACUUUGGACAAGUUGAUCUUUAAACUAGUUAAACAGCUCCAAACAUUAGCAGCUGAUGAGAUGGAUAACAAGCUGCUCCAACUGUAUGCAUAUGAAAAAUCUAGAAAGCCUGGGAGAUUCGUCGAUGCAGUCUAUCAUGAAAAUGCGCGUGUUCUUCUCCAUGAUGAGAACAUUUAUCGUAUUGAAUGUUCUUCUACACCAACUCAUUUGUCUAUUCAGCUUAUGGACUUCGGACAUGAUAAGCCUGAAGUGACUGCUGUUUCCAUGGAUCCUAAUUUUGCAGCUUAUCUUCAUAAUGAUUUCCUCUCUAUUGUUCCGGACAAAAAGGAAAAGCCCGGGAUAUUCCUGAAGAGCAGGAAUAAAUAUAAAUGUCCAAGUCGCGAUGAAUGCCAGGCCUUGGAAGGCUUUCAAGUGCUUAACGGUCUAGAGUGCAAGAUUGCUUGCAAUUCCUCCAAAGUGUCCUACGUUUUAGAUACAGAAGAUUACUUGUUCCAAACGAGAAGGGGAAAGAGAAGCUCACAACAGAAGAGCUCACAGACGAAGAAAUUGAGAAAAGUAGAGAAGUUCCACAGAUGGUUAUCAAGCUCAUAAGACGGCUUUUAUGCGAUCCUGCAGUUGACAUGGUAUAUCCGUUGUACUGUUUCUUGUAGAGCAAAGAUUAGACGACGAGGCAGUGGAAAUUGGAAUAUGAAUGUAUUGACACACCAAGAGAAUAAAGAAUCAAAGAGGAAAGCAAAAAUGGCUGGCCAGAUUGUAGUAUAGUGUAAGAUUGUGGUGUUUUUUGUGCCACAAUCAUGUAAAUAUAAAUGAACAUGCCUGCCAUGCAAUACCGGAUAAAUAUGUAUGUUAACUUCAUUCUAUUCAUCAAUAUUUUUAUAUAUAUUUCUCGAUAA